UACUUCCGGAAGACACAAUGGUGACGUUGUUCAUUCGUCUCGCACGAUUCUGAGAACCUAAGCGAGCAUUUCGGCGUAGACUAUCAGCUAUUCGAUCAACAAGAUCAGAAGCACGCUCAUCAAGCGUCGGCUCUGCGCGGACCCCGGUCUGUCAGUAGCCACAUCAUCAGGUUUUCCCGAAGCCGCGCGCUCUCCUCGUCUUCGAUUUCCUCUCGCUCGAAGGGAUGCGGUUUUGUUUGCUCGUUGUCGCCUUGAUCAGCAGUUCGCUAGUUGUUGCUGAUGUGUUGACGCCGCUUAGCUACAAUGUCCGCGAGCCGAGCAGCUUUAGAACGGAUAAAGAACUGGUAACUUAUAAAUACACGCUAGUGGAUAACGUAUACAAUGGUAGCAAGUCAGAUGGCUACCUGAAGGAUGGACAAGGAAAGUUGACUGAUGGGCAAUUCGGAUUGACUGACUUACCCUCCUCUAAUGUUGCUGCUGAUGACAGCAGAUGGGUUUCUUGGCGUAUCAAGAACCACCCGGAGCCUUUAUCUAUCUAUUUUACAUUUCAGGAGGACAUCAUGAUCCAAUCAGUUACCGUCAAUAGUCUCAGUCAAAAGUUCAUUGAUGGUACCACUACUAACAUAUAUUCAAAUAUUGGUAUUAGCCUGUUGAAAGAAGACAAUACAACUAUGGUAAACAAAGAAAUACACGUGCCACCAAAUCAAAGUGACAUCGGGGUCCAUAAUGACAUGUUCAUGUUGAAGAACUGUAAAGCAGGUCGUAUUGCCCUGUUAGAGUUUCAAUAUCCGAGUACUGAAAAGCGUCUUAUCUUUGGCGAGAUGCAGUUCAAGGGUGAAUCGGCGAUUACGGUUGAGUUUUCAAUGUUACAAACACGUAACACUAAUAUUGCAGGAUGGAGAGUCGUAUUGUAUUGUCUUAGCAACAAGGACAACAUAUCGAUAGAACACUCCAGCGGGAAAAUCGACUGCCAGAUUACGAGGACAGCAGACGAUCGUUACAACUGCACGAUCACGAAGGAACGUAUCAAAUUUAAAGAUGCAGGGAGGUACACAUGCACGGUAUAUGGAAAUAAUGGUGAUUGUGAAUCUAAGCAGGAAGACGUAUCCGUCCUUGUGGCAGGCAUAUAUGCCAACACGCUGAAGCAAAUGGCCGGCAUUGGGUCCACGGCAAUGUUGAGUUGUCACAGUGCAUCAUUUACCGGUUCGAUUACCUUCGAGAAAAGGAACACGGCUACAGACACGUUCGUACUUGUAGUCGAUUCAGACAAACGCAAUGUAUCUCAUUUCAAGAACGGUACGGUUUCGUGGGCAACGCUGAAGUUUCUCAACGUCACGCAGACAGAUGGUGGGACGUACAGAUGCUAUUACAAAGACCAAUCGCAGGAGUUUCUCAGUCAGGAUAUGACACUGUCAAUUGGCGACGUUCCCGUGACGCCGCCAUCUUCAAAAACACGUAGCAUUGCAUCAGGGUCAACGACAUCGAUGGGCUCGUCAUUUUUGAGACGUUCAACCCAAUCGUUUAGUAGUACUCCGACGUCGGAUUUUACAACGACGCUCGCCCAUUCUUCUAAUACGUCUUCUGGUGGCAAAUCUGGUAGCGAUGGAGGUCUCGGAGGUGGAGUAAUUGCUGGAAUUGCUUUCGUUAUUCUGCUUGUCAUCAUGGUUGUUGUGUGCAUCAUCAUCUACAUAUUUUGGCGACAUCGUCGACCGCAUAGUGACAGCGCUGUAGCUGGAAUUCGAUACAAGAAAGACGUUGCGAGCGAUCACGCUUACGAUACACCUUCCGACAUGACACAAUACUCUCUAUCUCCGGAAACUGGAUGCGUAAAUGGAACGACGAAUAGUCAUAAUGGUCAUGGUUCUCUGAUGCCGCCGCAGGUCUCCUUUUAUAGAUUUCCCGAACAGCAAGUUAAUGAAUCUCCCGACUAUGCAGAGGCGGAAGAAGUGGUGUAUUCGAGGUCGAAGACGUUGCCAAUUAAUGGACUGACAGACUUACAGAUCGUGCGAAAUCGUCAAGCCAGUAUGCCACCAAAGUUGGCCAAAUCGCAGCUACUGAAUUGUCAGACGGUGAGUGAUUCGGUCGUGUAUUCGGAGCCGGCUAUUGUUACGGAUUCGACGAGGAGUCGUCAGCCGUCCAACGAAUGCAUGACGCCACGUAAUAGUUCGCGUGACAGCGGGUUGGGUCAUGAUCACGAUGUGUCUCCCAACCACGUCUACGAACGAGUUCCCCAACAAUCGAUCAUCGAGGAUCCGUCUCUCAUACAUCGUCAGGUAGCCGAUCUCGCCAUCUACGCUUCCGUGAACGAAAUCAACCACCACUCCGAGGUCGCAGCUCGACAGAGUGUCAUCGAGAUGGACGAAGAUCUCAGUCCCGAGUUCAUUCUCUCGUUCAGUGAAUCGGCAUCCGUAUCGUCCACAUCACACGACGGCAUUCUUCCUUACCUAUCCGUGUAUGCAGAUCCGGCUCCUCUCCUACAAUCGGACGGCCCCCCAGAAAUGCUUCCCGAGAAGUUCUCUCAACACCGACGAAUCGGUCAGGGACAAUUUGGAGACGUUUUUCAAGCCUUUGCGAAGAGCAUCCUAGUGGAGCAUGUCAUCGACGGUCAACUGAACGGUUUGUGCGUGAAGGACAUUCCCGUUGCUCUGAAAUGCCUAAGAGCAGGAGCCACCAAGGACAUGGAAGAGGCUUUCAAUAAGGAAGUGAAAUUUAUGGCGCAUCUUCGGCAUCAGCACGUCGUUCGUCUUCUCGGCGUAUGCAGCAUGGUGCAGCCAAAGUUUAUGGUGAUCGAAUACAUGGAGAACGGUGAUCUCAAUCAGUAUUUACAGCAGUUUGAGCUUGAUGAGCAAUUGUUGGAGGAGGGAAAGCAAUUAAUGUCGUACGAUGUGCUGGUCAGCAUGGCGGCUGAUGUCGCGUCGGGAAUGGAGUAUCUCGCGUCCAAGUUUUUUAUACAUCGCGAUCUGGCUACUCGGAAUUGUUUGGUCGGCCAGAACCAUAUUGUCAAGAUAGCGGAUUUCGGAAUGACCCGAUCCGUGUACGAAAAGAAUUACUACCGGCUAGCCGGUCGAGCCAUUCUACCCAUUCGCUGGAUGGCGCCGGAAUGUUUCUACGGCAAAUUCACCAUGAUGAGCGACAUCUGGGCAUACGGCGUCACGUGCUGGGAAAUAUUCACGUUGGCACGAGAGCAGCCCUACCACGAUCUGGAAGACAAGCAGGUGAUUGAAAAUGCUGUACGUCGCGAGGGCCGAAUGCUGCUCGAUCGGCCCUCGUGCUGCGAUGAUCCAACAUUUCAGCUGGUACUAGACUGCUGGAAUGAGGCCCCCGAACUAAGACCAUCGUUUACAGACAUUUGCGAGAGACUCAGGUUGUUAGUCGAAGAGCGAAGCGAAUCGUCUUAUACCUAACUGAUUUUCUCGCUCGUUGUCCAAACACUUGCUUGACUCGAUUGCAGUUUAUGGACUGCUGGAAGGCUGGCACAGUUUCUAGUUUGUUGCACCUAGUCUACUGUAGGGCAGGUGAUUAGAUUCAACAGGUAGAUUCGAUUAAUAUUAAUUAAAAUUACAGGGACGGACUUUUUUUGCGAAGGUUUAUUGCAAUAAGUGAGUAAUGAGAAGUUUUAGCGAGUAACAAAGGUCUUUUGCUUGAUGCAAUUCACAGAUAGUUUUUGGUGUAUGAAAGAAAUGUUAUGUGAUGCAAGUGA